AUGAACUCCAUGGAUGCCGGUGCUAAUAGACUUAUUAUGGAAGAAAUGUGCUACGAUAAGGUUGCAUUACUUGCUGAUUCAGUUAAGAUGGCUGCUUCCUUGAAUUCUGAUCAGAGGUUCAUAUAUGACUCUGUUAUUGAUGUUGUUUCCAAGUACGAAUCAUUUGUUUAUUUUGUUUCUGGACGUGGCGGAAGAGGGACUAACCUUGCUGGUCUUAUUGCUAAAUCUUCUUUAAUUAUAUGGGAUGAGGCUCCUAUGAGUCACAAGCACUGUUUUGAGGCCCUGGAUCGUUCACUCCGUGAUAUUCUAGCUGUUCAUGACCAGAGAAAUGCUUCACUGCCAUUUGGUGGCAAACCAAUGCUACUUGGUGGAGAUUUUAGGCAGGUCCUACCUGUUAUUCAAGGCGGUGACCGUACUGAGAUAGUGAAAGCAUCUUUACUAGGAUCAUACUUAUGGAGACAUGUGAAAGUUAUGCGCCUCUCCAUAAAUAUGAGACUAAGCAAUCCGUCUCUUUCUAUAGAAGAAAAGAUUCAAAUGGACAAGUUUGCACAAUGGGUUCUUCAAAUCGGUGAGGGCAGAAUUCCAAUGACAGCCAAGAAUAAUCGCCAGCUAGAAGAUGAUUGGAUACAGAUCCCGCAGAAUUAUGUGCUCUCACCAAAUGGUCCUAAGAUACCGGCCAUUGCUACUGCUAUAUAUGAUGAUUUCCACCUCUUCUAUGCAUCCAUGCCCUACCUUGCCCAGCGAUCUAUAAUAUGUCCUGUCAAUACUAUCGUUGAUGAAAUAAACAGCUUCAUGCUUGAUAAAGUGCCUGGUUGUACUCGUGAGUACCUGAGCUUUGAUACUAUUGCUAACUCAUCUGAACAACCUUCAGAUUUCCAAAUGCUAUACCCACCAGAGUUUCUAAACUCCAUAGUUCUUAAUAAUUUCCCGUAG